UAAGCAAAUACGACGCUUCUCCCGAUGUCAUGCGCAACGCUGGCACUGCCAUGUUGGAUCGAAACCGAGUUCAGAUGAAAGUUUAGAGUCUCAGGAUUACUGCGGAUUCACCGGGACAUUAAGGAUCGCGUUUUAUUUCACGGAUCCGGGAUUAUUACGCGUUCUCGAUCUAUUCCCAGUCAACAAGAACACAGGUGUGGAAAUGAUAGUCUCUGGAUUCAGACUGCGGUGAUCGGAGAUCAAUGACCAUAUUUUCUGUUUAACACUUCCUGGUCACCGCUUUACACCAUCGGAUUGUCAAAAAUGAGCGGCCCACCUUCAAACAGGAGGCCUGCGGGCAACGUUGGCUCAAUUCUGCUCACCCCACAUGAAAACGAAGCGCUUUUCCACCAUAUGGGCAAGAAAUGCACCAGCUUAUGUUCAGCUGUGGUGCAGGUCUAUGUAGCCGACAGAAACUCAUGGAUGAAGAAAUGCUGUGGGGUGGCCAGUCUGGUGAAGGACAAUCUACAGAAAUCGUAUUUUAUCAGAGUAUUCGAUAUGAAAGAUGGAAAAAUCUUGUUUGACCAAGAGUUUUACAUCAACUUUACAAUAAACAGCUCCAAGUCUUACUUUCUCACAUUUGCUGGAGACACGUGUCAGAUCGGACUCAAUUUUGCCAGUGAAGAGGAAGCCAAGCGCUUCAAAGCAGUGGCCAACGAUCUGCUGGGCAGAAGACUGAGAAAAACCGAGAAGAGACGCGAGCCCUCUAAUGGACCUUCAGGACCAUCAGGACCCUCAGGACUUGUUUUGCCAAUGGCGACGGUGGACAUAAAAAACCCAGAGAUCAACACACGUUAUCACAGUAACUCUCAGAUGAACAACAUCAACCUCCACAGCAACUUCAAGAAGAAAGACAAGGGUAAAAACAAGAAAAAGAAAAUAUCGAAGGCUGAAAUUGGCACCCCGAGCAAUUUUCGACACGUUGGACAUGUAGGCUGGGAUCCCAACACAGGCUUUGAUCUGAAUAACUUGGACCCAGACCUGAAGAAACUCUUCGACAUGUGCGGCAUCUCAGAAGAUCAGCUGAAAGACAAAGAGACGUCGAAAGUCAUCUAUGACUUCAUCGAGGGGAAAGGAGGAGUAGAGGCUGUAAAAGAUGAACUUCGACGUCAGGCGCCUCCACCUCCAAAAGGAGGUCCACCGCCACCACCACCUAUCCACAGCUCAGGACCUCCUCCUCCACCUCCCUCCAGGGGCCGUGGAGCACCACCCCCUCCGCCACCCUCAAGAGCACCCAACACAGCGCCCCCUCCACCUCCGCCCUCCCGACCGGGUAUGGGUGCACGGCCGCCUCCACCCAGCAGAGGGCCUGGGUCAGCUCCCCCGCCUCCUCCACCGCCCCAACCCGCCUCCUUUUCCCCGCCGGCUCCUCCACCUCCUCCUCCAAUGGGUGGGCCACCGCCGCCACCACCAGGACUGCCUCCCCCAGCGCCACUUCUGCUACCAGGUGUGGAUUCUGGAGAGCCUCCUGGGGGUAAAUCUGCACUCCUUGAUCAGAUUCGAGAAGGAGCGGCGCUCAAGAGGGUUGAGCAGAAUAACAAGUCUGAGUCUGGCGUAGGCCGCAACGCACUUUUAGACCAGAUCAGACUGGGCAUUCAGCUUAAAAAUGUGACAGAUAAUACAGACUCGGCCACGUCCACUUCAGACCCCUCAGGUGAUAUUGUGGGGGCACUGAUGCAGGUGAUGGAGAAGAGAAGCAGAGCCAUCCAUUCAUCAGAUGAGGAUGAGGAUGAGGAUGAUUUAGAAGAUUUUGAAGAUGAAGAUGAGUGGGAAGACUGAUAAAGAUCAUUCCUUUGACAAGGGCCAACAAUAAGAAUGAAGACACUACAUUGAUGUUGUCUUUAUAUAUCAUAAUGCAUUAUAAUGUAAAUGACCGAUUUGUUGUACAUUUUUGUUUCCCUUGUCUUUUUUUUGUACUCAUCUGUGCAAUACCUCAUUUAAUCUGUAAAGUUUUCCUUUUCUGGAUUCACGUGCAAUUUUACAUCAAGUCUUCUUGAUUUGUAGAGUUGAAUAUUUUCGGGUCUUUUUUGUAACAUUCGCUAAAGGGAAAUCGAUGUCGAUUAUUUGACGAGAACACUAUUUUCAUACUUUUCUCCUGUACUUUACCUUUUCUUAUUCAGAUCCUAGUUAAGCACUAUUAUUUUCUUAAUGAAAAUGCAUAUUUCGUUCCGUUUCUAAUAUGUACAUUUGCUCAGAGACUCGGUUUAUAUUUUUGCAUGAACCGAAAAAUGAUAAAAAAGACUUGAUGAUGGGGAUAUGAUCGCAAUGUCACGGUUAUGUUUACACAAUGUGUGCAAGCUGCUCUUUCAGAAUUCCCGGAUAUAACACUAAAGUUAUCAGAAAUAAUCUCUGUGUAUCUGUCUUUGUGCCAGUUUGCAUUUUCACCGGCAAAACAAAAUUUCUCACAUGUGUUGUCUGUCAUUGAGAGAACUGAUACAGUUCAUGUUAAGAAUUAAUGUUCAUGUGUGCCAUUUUUAAACAUCUUAACGGGAUUCAUACGCUCUAAGUCUUUAACUAAUAAUGUAAAUGCCAAUGUUACACUCCAAUACAGCUGUUUAACAUUUGAUCUCCUUUGAUUUCAUCAAAGGUUUCUUUGCGACUCGAAACCUUUGAAAUGAGGUUGAACAAAACAAUUUUAAUUGUAGACUUAAAUAAAUGUUAAUAUUUACAAAAUCCUGA